AAUGAGAAUAGGACAUUCUCUUUGCCUGAUGGCGUGCUUCAGAUUUGGAGAGGGCUUCCGGACGCGUCCAUGGGAUUUGUUGCACUCGGGUUCUCUCAGGUCUCAACCAGAAAGUUGGUAGUAGAUGAUAUUCUGUCUCAGUCAUAAUUCUGAACAAAGUUCGCAGCAUUGGAAUCUCGUGAUUGAUAGAAAUCUGGCCUCCAGCACUUCCUGAUGUUCCUACAGAUCCUCCAAUAGGAGCAUUGUCUCUCAGCAUUAGAUAGUCCUAUGGCUGAGAAAAUGUCUAUAACCGAGUCUUUAAAGAAAUUAGUAAGAUGUGUUAUCCUUGAUUUGGAUGGCACCUUGCUUAACACAGAUGGCGUCAUAGGUGAAGUCUUAAAAGUUUUCCUAGGUAAGUAUGGAAAGCAAUGGGAUGGAAGGGAAGGUCCUAAAAUAGUAGGAAAGACACCAUUUGAAGCUGCUUCUGCAAUAGUGGAAGAUUACGGUCUUCCUCAACAAGUGAAUUUCUUUCUGGAAUUUCACCAUUUUUUUCUGAUCAGUAUGUGGUGCAAUAUCAAAGCACUGCCUGGUGCCAAUCGGCUGAUUAAACAUUUGAGGAAUCAUGGUGUUCCAAUGGCCUUGGCAUCAAACUCUCCAAGGGAAAGCAUAGAAGCCAAAAUAUCUUACCAUGAUGGAUGGAAAAAUUCUUUCUCUGUUAUACUUGGUGGCGAUGAAGUCAGAACUGGGAAACCUUUUCCUGAAAUAUUCCUUGAAGCUGCUAAGAGGUUAAAUGUUGACCAUUCCAGCUGUCUUGUCAUUGAGGACUCUCUACCUGGUGUCGCUGCAGGUAAAGCUGCUGGAAUGGAAGUAAUUGCUGUACCGUCACUUCCUAAACAGUCCCAUCUCUACACUGCUGCAGAUGAGGUGAUCAAUUCCCUACUUGAUUUACACCUUGAAAAGUGGGGUCUGCCUCCAUUCGAAGACUGGGUGGAAGGUACUUUGCCAAUAGAUCCUUGGUGUAUUGGUGGUCCUGUUAUCAAGGGAUUUGGUCGUGGCUCAAAGGUACUGGGGAUCCCUACAGCUAAUUUGUCAACUGAGGGCUAUUCAGAUCUCCUUAUGGAACAUCCUGCGGGUGUUUAUUUUGGUUGGGCUGGAUUAUCUGCUAGAGGUGUUUAUAAAAUGGUCAUGAGCAUAGGCUGGAAUCCAUAUUUCAACAACAAGGAAAAAACUAUAGAACCCUGGUUACUUCAUGACUUCAAUGAGGAUUUCUACGGGGAAGAACUGCGGCUUGUUAUUGUUGGUUAUAUACGUCCUGAGGCCAAUUUUCCAUCCCUUGAGAGCCUGGUAGCUAAGAUUCAUGAAGAUGGUAGAAUUGCUGAAAGAGCCCUUGAUCUUCCCUUGUAUUCAAGUCACAAGAAUGAUCCGUAUUUGAGAAGUACAUAGCUGAUAUGGUGGGGAUCAUUCAUGCCUUCACGGGAUUCACGAGAUUAAUUCUGUUAAAUCUCUGGGCCAGAAUCCUUUGAGCUCUCAGAUUUUAUUGCCCCAGAAAGCCUGAUAUUUGGGAUACAAUAUUUAUUCUUAUUUGGGAUAUAAUGUUGAUUUAUUCUUAGUUUUAAAAUUUGUUUCUUCUGCUCUCUAAACUAAAUCAUAUCAAACUGUUGGUAUGUCAUGCUCAUUAAAUUGCAAUAUGAUGUGUGAAACAUGCAUAUAUGCCCAGAAAUAAAUAAAAAAUCACUUGAUUUGGCUUC